AUGAAUCCUGACAAGUUCACCCGCAAGACAAAUGAGGCUCUUGCGAGGGCUCAGGAGCUAGCAAUGCUUGCUGGUCAUGCGCAAUUUACUCCUCUCCAUCUUGCCAUGGCUCUAAUCUCUGAGCCACCUGGGAUUUUCCAUCGAGCAAUCAACAAAGUUGGGGGUGAAGAAGCCGCAAAAGCAGUAGAGAGAGUGUUUAGCCACGCUUUGGAGAAACUUCCCUCUCAGAGCCCACCUCUUGGUGAGAUCCUUGCAAGCCUUAGCCUAAUAAAAGUGAUUAGGCACUCCCAAAAGUCUUGUGGCGACAGAUACUUGGCUGUAGAUCGGUUGAUAAUUGGCCUUCUUGAGGAUUCCCAAAUUGGGGAUCUGCUUAAGGAAGUUGGGGUCGCCACUGCAAGAGUGAAAUUGGAGCUCAAAAGGUUUCCUGGGAUAGAAGGGAAGAAGGUGGGGAAUGCUUUCAGUAACACUACCUUCCAAGCAUUGAAGACAUACGGAAGGGACCUGGUGGAGCAGGCCAGUAAACUUGACCCGGUUAUUGGGCGUGAUGAGGAGAUAAAGAGGGUUGUGGGGAUCCUGUCAAAGAGGACUAGGAACAGUGCAAUUCUUAUUGGACCGCCAGGCCUGGGCAAAACUACUAUUGUGGAAGGCCUGGCCGAGAGAAUAGUGAGAGGAGCUGUGCCCGGCAACCUUAGGGGUGUUAGGCUUAUUGCGUUGGAUACGGAUGAUUUGGUAAUUGGACUCAAACAUGGAGGAUUAUUUGAGGAGCGAUUGGAGGCGGUCUUGAAGGAGGUUGAUGGGGCCAAUGGAAAAGUGAUAUUAUUUAUUGAUGAAGUUCACCGUGUUCUUGAUGAUGGGCGCACGCCGCGGUCCAUGUAUGCGGCCAGUCUGUUUAAACCCAUGCUUGCUAGAAGACAGUUUCGAAUUAUUGGCGCUACCACACUUAGGAAAUACAAGAAGUGUGUAGAGAAAGAUGCGGCACUUCUAAGAAGGUUCCAGCAGGUCCAUGUGGCAGAACCUAGUGUGCCUAAUACUAUAAGCAGAGGAUCAAAAGGCAAACUUGAAGGGCACCAUGGUGUUCGCAUUCGAGAUUGGGGUCUUGUUGCCUCACGUAUGUGCAGCAGAUACAUAACUGGUCGUCAUUUGUCUGAUAAAGCGAUUGAUUUGGUUGAUGAAGGAUGUGCAAAUGUGAGGGUUCAGCUGGACAGCCAACGAGAAGAGAUCGAUAACCUCAUGCGGAGGAGAGUGCAACUUGAUUCACUAGAGAAAGAGAAGCAUAAAGCCAGUCAAGCCCAUCUAGUUGAGGUUCGUGAAGAGUUGGAUGACUCGAGGGAGAAACACGAGCCACUGAUGACGAAGUACAAGAAGGAAAAACAACGGAUUAAUGAGAUCAAACAACUUAGGCAGAAGCGGGAAGAGCUCUUGUUUGAAUUGCAAGAGGCUGAGAUACGGUAUGAACUAGCUAGAGAUGCAGAAUUACGAUAUAGUGCAAUCGAAGAAGUGGAAGCAGCCAUUACGCAUCGGGAAGGAAAUACCGAGGAGAACUCAAUGAAUAGCUGGACCAGCAUUCCUGUAAUGAGGCUUGGCCCGAACGAGAAAGAGAGGUCAGCUGGACUGGCUGAAAGGCUGCAUCAAAAAGUAGUUGGGCAAGAUCAAGCGGUCAGUGCUGUUGCAGAGGCUGUAUUGAGAUCAAGAGCUAGGUUGGGAGGACCACAAGGACCAACUAACUCAUUCUUAUUCUUGGGUCCGACUGGUGUUGGCAAGACGGAGCUUGCCAAGGCCCUCACUGAGCAGCUCGUCUGCGAUGAAAAUCUUCUAAUUUCGAUCAAUAUGUCGGAGUAUGCGGAGCAGCAUUCUGUGUCAAGAUUAAUUGGUUCACCUCAAGGUUAUGAUGGGCAUGAAGUAGUUGGGCAACUAACCGAGGCUGUGAGGGGUAGACCCUACAGUGUUGUGGUCCUUGAAUGGGUGGAGAAAGCGCACAUAGCUGUUAUGAAUGAACUGCUCAAGGUUCUUGAUGAGGGCAGAUUAACUGAUGGCCAAGGCCGAACGGUUAACUUCUGGAAUACCAUAAUUAUGACCUCGAACCUUGGAGCAAAGCAUCUACUGUCAGGCCUGAUGGGCGAAUGCACAAGGCAAGUUGCCCAUGAUCAAGUCAUGCAGGAGGUGAGGAGGCACUUUAGGCCUGGGUUGCUGAGUCGGAUUGAUGAGAUCGUAGUGUUUGAUCCUCUCUCGCAUGAACAACUGAGGAAGGUGGCUAGACUACAAAUGAAGGAUGUGGCAAGGAGAUUGGCUAAAAAAGGCGUUGCUUUGGCUGUCAGUGAUGCGGCUUUGGAUUUUGUGCUUGCAGAGAGUUGUGAUCUGGUUAACGGUGCUUGGCCAAUUCGGAGAUUGCUCGAGAGCAAGUUUGUGACCAAGCUCUCGGAGAUGUUCUUGAUGGAGGAGAUAGAUGAGUACUCAACCGUGUACAUCGAUGCAGGGCCCAAUGGGCAAGAUCUUGCGUACCAUGUGGAGAAGAAUGGAGGCUUUGCAAAUGCCAUCACUUGGCAGAAAUCCGAUGAAGAUGGACGAAAUCGCAGAUGAUGAUGAGACGUAUGAAUGAAGGCUCUGAAGUCUGGACGUAGGAGUGAGACGUGAGAGAUCUAUGGAUUCUCCUCCAAAGCUUUAUUUAGCUGGUUCUAUGCCGUCUUUUGCCUUAUUGUGACCCCUUUUCCUGAUUAUGUAGAAUCUGGGAUUGACUGUUUCAGUACAUUGUCUAGGGACUAAUAUGGUUGUGAAAUUUUAA